GUCCCGGAGCGAAGCUGCGGCGGGGGUGACACCGCUGCGCCCUCAUUCCCGCCGCUCCUACCGAGCGCCUCCGCGGCUGCAGCCCGGGGCGAAGCCUCAGCAGGGCUGACAGCGGAGCCCAGCGCCUCCAGCCCGGCGGGCCCGACGCGGCGGCUCGGGGGCCGAGCGGGGCUGUCCCGCCGCCGGGAUCCUCCUCCUCGGGGGCGGGCGCAGGGCCGGCAGCGCGGCCGGGGCUGUGCGCUGCGAAACGCCGUCCGCGCAGGCCGGCGGCCGGCGGCGCUCGGUUCCGGGCGGUGUGCGAGCGCUAUGGCGGGCGGGCGGGGCGGUGCCGUCCUGCUGCUGCUGGCGCUGUGCCUGCAGCCGCUGCCCGCCCGGGCCCGCAGCCUCCGCUUCGUGACGCUGGUGUACCGGCACGGAGACCGCUCGCCCAUCAAGGCCUUCCCGCGGGACCCGUACCAGGAGAGCGCCUGGCCCCAGGGAUUCGGGCAGCUCACGCAGGUGGGGAUGCGGCAGCAGUGGGAGCUGGGCCAGGCCCUGCGGCGGCGCUACCGCGACUUCCUCAGCGACACGUACCGGCGGCAGGAGAUCUUCAUCCGCAGCACAGACUGUGAUCGGACACUGAUGAGUGCAGAGGCCAAUCUGGCAGGCCUCUAUCCCCCAGGAGGACAAGAGAUGUUCAACCCUAACAUCUCCUGGCAGCCUAUCCCUGUGCACACAGUCCCCGAGUCUGACGAAAGGCUACUGAAGUUCCCUUUGACCCCUUGUCCACGGUAUGAACAGCUGCAGACUGAAACACGGCACUCAGCAGAAUACAUAAAUAAGACCAAAGAGAAUUGGCAAUUCCUGCAGAUGGUGGCAAAGGAGACUGGGAUCCGGGAUAUCUCUCUCGAGAGUGUAUGGAGUGUGUAUGACACGCUGUUCUGUGAACAAGCACACAAAAUGGAUUUGCCUGGAUGGGUGACUCCAGAAGUCAUGGCUCAUUUGAAGGAACUAAAAGACUUUGGUUUUGAAUUUCUGUUUGGGAUCCACAAUCAGAUAGAAAAAGCUCGUCUGCAAGGCGGGGUCCUGCUGGAUCACAUAAGGAAAAACCUAACCAAAGCAGCAAAUGCUUCUGCCCAUCAAAACCUAAAACUACUUGCCUAUUCAGCACAUGACACCACACUUGUGGCACUGCAGAUGGCUCUAGAUGUCUACAACAAGAUCCAAGCACCAUACGCCUCAUGUCAUUUAUUUGAACUGUACCAAGAGGAUGAUGGUAACUUCUCCGUGGAGAUGUUUUACCGGAAUGAGAGUGGGAAGGAACCCUUCCCACUGACAAUCCCUGGCUGUCAGCAUAAAUGCCCAUUGCAAAGAUUCUUAGAACUCACAGAUCCUGUUGUUCCCCAGGACUGGGAGCAAGAAUGCAAGGUGUCAAGCAGCAUGCAUGACACAGAACUCUUUGUGGGUUUGGCUGUGUGUGGAUCCAUUCUCCUUCUCCUUAUUAUUCUCCUCUUGACUGUACUCUUUCGCAUACAGUCUCAGCCCCCUGGCUACCGGCACGUUUCCAAUGAAGGAGAAGAGCAGGCCUGACAGUUGCUUCAACUCCUUCCCAGGCAGUAGGAAGGAGCUGUGUUGCCCCUACGGAUGAUUGGGCACCUUCAGUUACUCAGCAUUCUUCUAUUUUGGCCUUUACAUCCCAGAACAGAACUGGACUUGAUUUCUGGAUACUUUCUAAAGGUGACGUCCUUUAGAAAUAACCAAGAAAAAGAACUGAGCUACUCUAAGGAAAUGACACCUUAAUUUUCAAGCCAAUGUACUGUGUGGUGCCCUGGUCCUCAUACAGCUUACCCAGUCUGCAAUUCCUAACAUGGCCAGUUUCAAUUUUCCUCCUUUCAAGUGACUGUAAAUGUUACCACUCACCAUGACUGUGGCAGAGAAGCUUGGGCCUGCAGCAGCUGCCGCAUCCAGUUGCAUUUCUCUUCAGGGUCAACCUGCUUUGAGUGCUUUUCCCUCACACCAUAGGGCUGCUGAUGGUAGAAAGGCUGGACUUGAGCUGGGGGUGCACCUCGCCAACAAUGCUCCAAGACUCAUCUACUGUCCAUGCAGAGGGAACUGCUGCAGAUGAUGGGAGACACGUAAAGUGUUUCUUGAGGUUGCUGUCAAGUAGUUGCUGCUGGCAACUGGCUUUUUUUCCUCUCUUCACAUUGUGGGUCAAGAGAGGACUGUACUGAAAUCAGGACAAGCCUGAAAACCUAGCAGUUUUCAGUCAAUCCUAGGAUUUCACUCAGAGUAGAAUCAGAGUAAACCCAAAAAAACUCUCUCAUGAGAGAGAGCAAUUCCUGUGACUGAAGAAACUCACACUCUGUUUCUUGUGCAAUGUUGGCUCUAGAAAGGAAAGUCCCUCUAGAUAAGAAACUUGGUUUCUGUCUAAAGAUCCCAAGUUUAAAUUUUACUUCCCACAUCUGAACUUCAAGGACCUGUUAAAGGGAGUAUCCAGUACUCCAGGUAGUCCAGAUUUCAGCCCAAGGAAUAUGCUUUACUAGCAGAAUGUUUUUAUGCUGUUUUUAAGAGAUGUAGCAGAGCUGUUUACCUAAGACUAGAUAAAUGCAAAGUUCUGUAGUUUUUCUUCCUGUCUUCCCUACUGGAUGGACAACAAACGUUAAGCAUCAGAGUUGGCAGGUGACUGUGGAUUCCUUUAUUUGACACGCUUGGGCAUUUUGUCCAAAGUGUGAUUCUUUCUCCAGCCUGGCCUCUCUGUACAUUGCAGCUGCUGCACAGACCUUCACACCAAGUGCUCACUACCUGCCUUGUAGUUUUUGGCAGAAAAUGAGAGACUGCAGCAGGCACCAGAAGCACAGGCUCUUCACGUGGUGAUACUGCACAUUCACUUCCUACUUUUACUUCCCUUUCUGGGGCAGUUCCCUUCCCCUCUUGGAUGCAGAAGCCAGUUCUUAGGUUACAAACAUUUCCUUUUGUUCCCCCUAAGGAGUACCGUGGGGACUUUUCUCCACACCGUAAUCAGCAUCUGCCAGCAUGGGAACCCUAAAUCAGCAGAAGCAGCUUGCUGUUCUCAGCAUCUUCCUCACCUUUUUGUCCUCUGAAGAUACAGAGUAGGUCUCCUGCACAGCAACACAGUCAUAAAGAAAAAGCUACUGCCUGUGAGAACAGGCACAAGAAAGAGGUAAUAGAAAGUGCAUUUAAGAGGACCUGUUAUUUUUAAAGGCACCAAAUUUUGCACAUACACAGAAAAGUUUUUAUGAUGAUUUAGACAUUUUGACUGUGAAUGACUUUCUGUACUUGUUCCAAUACAUUUCAUUAUUAAAAUCAAUUUCGCACUGAA